AUGAUCUACCAAAGUGGUGGAGAAAAGCAUGAACUCGGUACGGCGUUCCUGGUCAUAGGUGAGAUGCGAAAGCGAGAGAUCGGGUGGUGGCCGAUCAAUGAACGGAUGUGCAGGUUGAGGAUCCGCGGAAGGUUCUUCAAUCUGAGCAUUAUCAAUGUGCACAGUCCGCACCUUGGAAGCACCGAUGACGAUAAAGACAGUUUUUAUACGCAGUUGGAGAGGGAGUACGACCGUUGCCCACAACACGACGUCAAGAUUGUCAUCGGAGAUUUUAACGCUCAGGUCGGACGGGAGGAGGUAUUUAAACCCACGAUAGGAAGUUUCAGUGCCCACCAGCUGACGAAUGACAACGGGCUUCGGCUCGUGAACUUCGCCUCCUCCAAGCACAUGACCAUUCGCAGCACCUUCUUCCAGCACGAACCUCGGUUCAGUUACACCUGGAGAUCACCAUUACAAACCUAUUCCCAAAUCGACCACGUUCUUAUCGAUGGAAGGCACUUCUCGGAUAUUAUCGACGUGAAAACGUACAGAGGCGCAAACGUCGACUCGGACCAUUUCCUGGUAAUGGUAAAGCUGCGCCAGAAACUCUCCGUGGUCAGCAAUCAACGGAGCAACGCUAUCCCAAGUCUCUAUAUGGAUCGGCUGAGGCGUGCUGAUGUGGCGGAAGGAUAUGCGACAGCGCUCGGGGAAGCGCUCUCGGACGACAAUCCCGCAUUGCCCCUAGGAGACCACUGGUGUAUGAUGGAACGAGCCAUCAGCACCGCAGCAGAACUGAAAAUUGGCCGCUUACCACGCAGACAGCGAAGGAAUGGUUCGACGAAGAGUGCACUCGUGCACUAUCCGAGAAGAAUACUUCAGCUUGAAACCCGUCAGAACGUGGAAAACUACAAACGGCUGAGGAGACAGCAGACCCUGCUCUUCCAGGACAAGAAGCGCCGCUUUGAAGAGUCAGAUGAAAAGCUGCAGGAGCAGCCCUCUCAGUCGGGUGACGUCCGCUCGUUUUACAGGAGGUUGAAAGAGGCACGGAGUGGAUUUGCUCCUAAAACCGCGAUGUGUCGGGACGCAUACGGAUAUCUCCUGACAGACGAGCGGAAGGUGAUCGAAAGGUGGAAGUGCUACUUCGAAGGACAUCUGAACGGAGCAGAGACAGGAGAGCUUGAUGCAAGUAGCAGAACAAGUCAACGGCAGCAUCAACACAGCAACAACAUCAGUGACGGCAAUAGUGCGGAAGAUGAAGUGCCUCCGCCAUCUCUGGAUGAGUAUGCCAGCGCGAUCAGGCAGCUUAAAAGCUACAAGGCUGCUGGUAGUGAUGGACUGCCGGCCGAGCUCUUCAAGAUCUGGCCGGAAAAGAAUGUUCCCAUUUUCGGCAGGCUGUAA